AUGCUGUCCCGCACUGCGGCGCCGGCCAAGGCGUCGGCAAAGACCAUCUCAAGCGCCGUCUCGAGUGCUGCCGCGGCGGCGGCCACCACUUCUGCCGCCUCGACACCACAGUCCCGCGCCUACGCUACAGUCCAGGACCCAAACUAUGCUACCGUGCGCACCUACGGCGGUCUCAAGGACCAGGACCGCAUCUUCCAGAACCUCUAUGGCCGCUACCCGCCCGAUCUGAAGCACGCCAAAAAGAUGGGCGACUGGUACAAAACCAAGGAGAUCCUGCUCAAGGGCCACGACUGGAUCAUUGGCGAGAUUAAGGCCUCAGGCCUGCGCGGCCGUGGUGGUGCCGGUUUCCCGUCCGGUCUCAAGUGGUCCUUCAUGAACUUCAAAGACUGGGACAAGGACAACAAGCCGCGCUAUCUGGUCGUCAACGCCGACGAGGGUGAGCCGGGCACCUGCAAGGACCGCGAGAUUAUGCGCAAGGACCCCCACAAGCUGGUCGAGGGCUGCCUCGUUGCCGGCCGCGCCAUGAACGCCACUGCCGCCUACAUCUACAUCCGUGGCGAGUUCUACCAGGAGGCUGCCAUCCUGCAGAACGCCAUCAACGAGGCCUAUGCCGAGGGCCUGAUCGGCAAGAACGCCUGCGGCUCGGGCUACGACUUCGACGUCUACAUCCACCGCGGUGCUGGUGCCUACGUCUGUGGCGAGGAGACCAGCUUGAUCGAGUCGCUUGAAGGCAAGCCCGGCAAGCCCCGUCUUAAGCCCCCGUUCCCUGCUGCCGUUGGUCUGUUCGGCUGCCCGUCUACCGUCGCCAACGUCGAGACCGUCUCUGUCGCCCCGACCAUCUGCCGCCGUGGUGGCGCCUGGUUCGCCAGCUUCGGCCGCGAGCGCAACCACGGCACUAAGCUCUUUUGUAUCAGCGGCCACGUGAACAACCCGUGCACUGUUGAGGAGGAGAUGAGCAUUCCCAUGCGCGAGCUGAUCGAGAAGCAUUGCGGUGGCGUCCGUGGCGGCUGGGACAACCUGCUGGCUGUCAUUCCCGGCGGUUCUUCGACCCCUAUUCUGCCCAAGCAUAUCUGCGACGACCAGCUCAUGGACUUCGAUGCCCUCAAGGACAGCCAGUCCGGUCUCGGCACUGCUGCCGUCAUCGUCAUGGACAAGAGCACCGACGUUGUGCGCGCCAUCUCUCGUCUCAGUCACUUCUACCGCCACGAGUCCUGCGGCCAGUGCACUCCGUGCCGUGAGGGCUCCAAGUGGACCGACCAGAUCAUGAAGCGUUUCGAGAAGGGCAUGGGCCGCCCGCGCGAGAUCGACAUGCUGCAGGAGCUCACCAAGCAGGUUGAGGGCCACACCAUUUGCGCUCUCGGCGAGGCCUUUGCCUGGCCCAUCCAGGGUCUGAUCCGUCACUUCCGUCCUGAGCUCGAGGCCCGCAUGAAGAAGUUUGCUGAGGAGACCGGCGGCCAGGCGCUCGCCGGUGGUUGGACGCACGACUCAAGGCAGAAGGGCCGGCUCGUCUCCCCGGGCAUGUAA